CGCCGAGCAACACGCGGGAAGAAGCCUUUCUUGUUGAUUAAACAUAAAACCUAGUAUAUCAGCCUACAUUUAAUUGUAUACGUUUGAUUACUGUAUAUUUUUCUUUACCGGUUUUCAUUUAAGUCCAAGGUGAUGUUUACUUCUAAACUGCUGACCCUGGUGCUGGUGGUGCAGCCCAGCCGGAUUUUACUUGGUAUGAAAAAAAGAGGGUUUGGAGUGGGAAAAUGGAACGGGUUCGGGGGUAAAGUCCAGCCAGGAGAGACCAUAGAGCAGGCUGCGAGACGAGAACUGCUGGAGGAAAGUGGUCUCACCGUUGACAUCCUCCACAAGAUUGGAAAUAUCAAAUUUGAGUUUAUUGGGGAAACAGAACUGCUGGAUGUUCACAUUUUCAGAGCUGACAGCUAUAAAGGAGUGCCAACAGAAUCAGACGAGAUGAGACCUCAGUGGUUUGACAUUGAUCAAAUACCUUUCAGCCAGAUGUGGGCAGAUGAUGUCUUGUGGUUUCCGUUAAUGCUUCAGAAACAAAAGUUUCUGGGAUAUUUUAAAUUCCAGGGUCAUGAUGUCAUAGUGGAGCAUAAACUGGAGGAAGUGGAAAACUUUUGAUCAGAUGUCACACUAUUAAUGACUAUUGCCACUGUAUCAGUGGAAAUAAUCCAACAGUCUGGUUUGCUUAUUUAAAUGGUCCCCUUCAUUAUUGUGAUGCAUCAUUUUGGUUAAGAAGAAAAACAUAUAUUUGUGUUAUCUGUAUUGUAAUGUAUUUACUUGUUUUGUUUUUUACAAGUUUGUUUGUUCCCCAUUUCUACAACGGUUUAACCCACAAUAGUUCACACAACAUAUAUAAUUUUGUUCAACUUUAACUACCUUUCAAAUUUUAAAUAAAAUUUUGAA